CCGUCACCGCCGUCACGUUUCCUUCGUCUCGGAGAAGCCAUCCUUCCACCGCGGACGCCCUCGCCCUCCCCUUUAUAUGGCACUCGAUAUUUCCGCGACGCUUCUCAUCCCUCAAACCCCGUUGUAACGACAUUAACAAAUAGAUUGGCGCCAUUAAAGAGGGGAAGAGAACGAGAUCCGCAUCAGAUGCUUUGAGGAGGAAGACGAAGGCGAACAAGGGUUGGCACAUCCGAUCUUCUAUGGCGGAGACGGCCCCGACGACGACGAGCGAGCACGAGAAGAGGGGGAAGAAGGACGGUGGCCUCCUCCUGGGGCGCUUCGAGGUGGGCAAGCUCCUCGGCGCCGGAACCUUCGCGAAGGUCUACGUCGCUCGCGACGUGAACACCAAUGAGCUCGUCGCCAUCAAGGCCCUCGACAAGGAGAUGAUCCUCAAGGGUGGCCUCGUCGCUCACAUCAAGCGCGAGAUCGCCAUCCUCCGCCGCGUCCGCCACCCCUAUAUCGUCCAGCUCUUCGAGGUCAUGGCCACCAGGAGCAAGAUCUAUUUCGUGAUGGAGUACGUCCGCGGCGGCGAGCUCUUCUCCCGCGUCUCCAAGGGCCGCCUACUCGAGGAUACUGCCCGCCGAUACUUCCAGCAGCUGAUCUCGGCCGUCGCUUUCUGCCACGCCCGUGGCGUCUUCCACCGAGACCUCAAGCCGGAGAACCUCCUCGUGGAUGAGUACGGUGAUCUCAAGGUCUCCGACUUCGGACUGUCUGCGGUGGCUGAACAGAUGCGCGGCGACGGGCUCUUCCACACCUUCUGUGGCACGCCGGCUUACGUGGCGCCCGAGGUGCUCUCCCGCAGGGGUUACGACGGCGCCAAGGUCGACGUCUGGUCCUGUGGCGUCAUCCUCUUCGUGCUCAUGGCGGGUUAUCUCCCCUUCCACGACCGCAGCAUCGUGGCCAUGUACCGGAAGAUCUACAAAGGCACCUUCCGGUGCCCCCGGUGGUUCUCGCAGGACCUCGUCCACCUCCUCCGCCGCCUCCUCGAUGUCAAUCCCCAAACCAGAAUCACCAUCCCGGAGAUCAUGGAGAAUCCCUGGUUCAAGAAAGGGUUCCGGCAUGUCCGAUUCUAUAUCGAAGACAACCAAUUACAUAGCUUCGAUGAUCCAGCAGAUGACGAAGUGCAGAGUGAUGAACCUAAGCCGGAUGAGACAUACGAAUCAGGAUCAGAAUCGGACUGCUCGGUCGCUUCCUGCCCGGCAACAUUCUCCGAUGAGCAGCUCCAGACACUGCCAAGGCCACCGAGCCUUAACGCAUUCGAUAUCAUAUCUUUCUCCAGGGGCUUUGACCUCUCCGGAUUGUUUGAAGAAACAGGGGAGAUGACCAGGUUCCUGUCCAAGGAGCCCGUUUCGGACAUCGUAUCGAAAUUGGAGGAGAUUGCAAAGGUCGUGAGCUUCAAGGUUAGGAGGAAGGAUUGCCGGAUCAGCUUGGAAGGAACGAGAGAGGGUGAGAAGGGCCCAUUGACCAUCGGUGUGGACAUAUACGAGCUCACACCUUCAAUGGUUGUGGUCGAGGUAAAGAAAAAGGCUGGGGAUGGAGAAGAGUAUGAAGAGUUCUGCAACAAGGAGCUCAAGCCCGGGUUAAAACACCUUGUUUACGAGUCGCCUCCCGUUCUCAAAACUAACACCAGCAUGUAAUAAUAAAAAAGGUAAAAGGAAAAGUUCUUUGAUCCCAAAACGUUGAUUGCUUCAUGGGCCGUUGAAAAUGGAGCAGAGGAAAGUUCCUCCAGAUGUUCAGUAUUUGCUUGGUCAUCAAUAAGGUGCCCCGAACUUUUGUGCUGCAAUCUGGUUCAGACCAUCAAUCCUCCCUGGUUCUACCUCUCCAUGAUCAAGUACUUCCAGGCUUUGUGGAAGCAUUCUCUUAAUGAUGUGAUCUCUAAUUUUUGUAGUGUGUUCAUUUGGCUUACCUUGAAUCAUGCCGUGUGCCACGAAGGAAUUCGACCUUGCUGGAACCAGCAAGGUUUUUCACCAUUGUUACUUGCAAGUUGUUCUCACCGUGAAAUGACGUUAUUCGUUCGUUAUUAGGUGCUUAGUAGAUCUGCUGAGACUUGCAUGUACUUGUUGGGAACUUGGAAGUCGUAUCUCCCCAGUAGUUGGUUGUGAUGUACAUCCUUAAUCAAAAUAUGGUCCUUAUGUAAAUAUAUAUUGUACAGAAAAGAGAGAGAGUUCCAGAAUGAACCAAUAGUUUUUUUGUUUUUGGCAAA